CUAGGGGAAUAAUGGUUUAAAAUUUUAAAUUCUGCUCAAUUUUAGAAAAUUGAAGAUCACAAUGGUGCGAAACAAUUCAAGCUAGCCAUGAACCAUCUGGGUGAUUACACAACUUUGGAAUUCAGACAUAUUCUGCUCGGCACAAAGUACAAUCACAAACUUGAAAGAUCUGGCUCGACCUACCUCCCGCCUUCAAACGUCAAGCUUAAUAGUUCUGUUGACUGGAGGAAAUCUGGCUAUGUCACCGGAGUGAAGAAUCAAGGUAUUAAUUUAUAUAUAACGUAAUAGUUGGGAAUUAUUGGUAGAACCUCGGCAUGUGGCCAGGGUUUUUUUAGCAGUGUGAACCCAAUGCAUUAACAAAUCCAGUGGCAGAUCCACCAAUGGGGUGCGCACCUUAGUGCUGUCUAGCACCCCCCAGAGAAGUCCUGCUUGACCAUACAUUUUCCUCUUUUUGAAUAGCGAGAUUAGAGGAACUUCUACUGUUAGCGUGUGUCAAGUUCUUGAAACGAUUUAAUUGAUUUGUGAGCUCACGAGAAAAUACUCGUUAAAUAGAAUGCUUCGUUAAAUAUCAUGGUUAAAUGUGUAAACAUGUCGAGGUUGUUAUACAGCCAUAUUUUCAAAUUUACUGUACUUUAAAGCAAAUUUACUGUACUGUGCUACAACAACUGUCCAGUCACACAUACGUGAUAAAAAGCCGAUAUAAACUUUAUAAACAAAAGAUAAUGUUUUAAACAUAACAGAACGGCAAACAUGCAGAUUCGGCCAUCUCAAGUAAUGGUAAUGUCGGGAUAGUAGCGUUGCAGACUGCAGAGGAGAGUGGGCAGUAAGGCUCCCUCAUGCACCACCCCAAGAAAAACCUGCACCCCUCCUUGCAAGGCUAGAUCUGCCCCUGCUAAUUUCCAUAUAUCACUGAUUAUAAUUAAUGUCAUCGCAUGAUUUCAGGACAAUGUGGAUCUUGCUGGGCGUUCAGUACUACAGGAUCUCUAGAGGGACAGCAUUUUAAGAAAACAGGUAACUUGGUUUCACUCAGUGAACAAAAUCUUGUCGACUGCUCCAAAAGCUAUGGAAACAAUGGCUGCGAAGGUGGUCUUAUGGAUGAUGCUUUCAGGUACAUCAAAGCAAACAAUGGUAUCGAUACUGAAGCAAGCUAUCCUUAUACUGCUGAAGAUGGAUCUUGCCAUUUUAGUGCAAGUAAUGUUGGCGCUACAUGUACAGGUAAUUAUGUACUAUUUAAAACAUGAGAAGCAUUGUUUUAUCAAAUAUAAAGAUAUGAGGUGAAGCUGAGUACCAUGUUUAGGUCCGAUAAAACACGCACUGCAAAUGAUUUAAAUUGCUUCAAAAAUGAUCUUUCUAGGGCGUAAAAAAUACCUGUGGUUUCGGUUUCAUAUCACGAAAUAAUUAGGGUCGGUAGGUCGGAAAUAAAUUUUGUUUUUGAAUAUUUUUUUCAUGGUGUUUUCAAUAAUUAGUGUGACAACAGACACCAUUUUGGCAGUAGUCCGCAACCACCCAGAGAAAAUAGGGUUGCACAGGUCAAUCGCGUUGAAAAAAUAAUAGGGUCGGCAGAAAAAAAUACGGUCGGUCGGGAACCGGAACCACAGGUAUUUUUUUAUGCCUAAUGAGUUUAUUGGCAAGUAAUUUUCAAAAAAAUAUGUUGUGCAAGUCAAGAAAAUCAAAGUUAAAGUUUAUGUAAACCAAGGGAAAUCUCUAUCACAUAUAAAGAUACGACACGCUUAUGAUUUUCUUUGAAUUAUUAAUGAUUUUUGAAAACCAUGUAUAAUACAUCAGUUAUAUUUCAAAGAUAGUUGAGGGUAUUGUAGAUGAAAAUUAUCGGGUGGAAAUUUUUAUAUACAUUUAUUAGUUCUAAAUUGACCUAACCAGCUUCUGACAAGUUACAGUAACCUGGUAAGCGUGGUUAACGGCUGAAUGUCUGCUGCUGCAUGAAUAACUACUGAAUGUCAUUGUGUCCUUGACAUCUAAGCCUAAAAUAUUAAUUUUGUUUUAGGUUACGUCGACGUCACCAAAGGCUCGGAGGCUGACCUCAAAUCUGCUGCCGGAACUGUCGGCCCUAUCUCUGUCGCCAUUGAUGCUAGUCACUUCUCCUUCCAAUUCUAUCACAGUGGCGUAUACAAUGAGCCAUCUUGCAGCACAACCCAACUGGACCACGGUGUACUGGUCGUAGGCUAUGGUACCGAUAGUGGUCAAGACUACUGGAUUGUUAAGAACAGUUGGGGAGCAAGCUGGGGUAAAGAGGGGUAUAUCUGGAUGACAAGGAACGACAAUAACCAAUGUGGUAUUGCGACGUCCGCUAGUUAUCCCCUAGUUUAAAGAUGGAAUUGUCGAAUUGAGUUUAUAUAAACAUUGAUUUUAGUUAUUUUAACUUUAGUUAAAUUGAAGUAACAGGGAUGAUCGGGUUGUGAUUAUUUUGAAAAUUAUGCUACCCCUGAGACUUCUUUGUUUUUUUUAUUUUAGUAUAUUUUUUUUCGGUUUAAAAUAUUUACUAUUUGUUCAGCAUUUUGUAUUAUAUUGAGUACAAAAGAGAAAAAUAUUGCAUUGAAUAUAUAUUAAAUAUUAACAAUAUUAUUGCUGUAUAUCAUGUAUUUAAUAUUCCUUUGUGUAAUAAGUCUAACAUUUUAUGGCGUUUUGAUUAAUUUAAUGUAGUAUUAACUGGUAUUACUGCAUUGCUUGUAAAUUAUGUUGUGUUAUAAAUAUAUAAAUAUGACAUGAAAGAAUUUU